GGCAGGAAUGUGGUUUUUUUGUGGUUGUUUGUUGAAAUGUCCGUUAAAAAGGGAACAAGAGGAUUGGUCAUCAUGACUGAACAUAUCGAUCUACGUUCCCCGUACAUUUAAAUUAUGAGCCACCCCCUUUGAUUGCCCGAUUCUGCAGAGCUAGCUACGGAAGCUAACGCUUAUGUUUUGACAGCUGAGCUUGUUUGAAUUGCCAUAGGCUAACUAGCUAACGUUGGCUAGCUAGCUGACGGACGGCAGCUUCUUAACCGUUAGCUAAACAAACAACAUAAGCUGUACGGAUGCAGCUCCCCUCGUUGAAACACGUCACUUCAGAGAGCAACACUUUCCUUCGAGGUAACGCUAGUACAAGUCAUGCACGCAGCCGGGCCUCCAGCCUGCGCUCUGCACACUGCCAGCGAUUGAGCCGGUGUCCUUGGAGUAGGUGGAGGCUCUUCCUCUCUUUCUCCCCGCUGCCUCCGAUCAACCUCCGCGUUCCCUAUGUUAACCCUCUUGAGCAUGUUUUACUAUAUCUGUCUGCGGCGGCGCUCCAGGAGCGGGACUCGAGGCGAGGCCCUCACCAGCCGGAGGGCCGUGGAGUCCGGCCAGCGUGCGGUGCUACCGAUCAGUGUGGAGGUGGAGCAGUACGCCAAGGAGGUUCUGGACUUCAGCUCCCACUAUGGCAGUGAGAAUAGCAUGUCGUACACCAUGUGGAACCUGGCCGGGGUACCUAACGUCUACCCCAGCUCGGGGGACUUCACUCAGACGGCUGUAUUCAGAGCUUACGGGACGUGGUGGGAACAAUGUGCCAGUGCUCCGCCACCUUUUCGUCGGACCCCGAAAGCCUUCCACAGCCAGGAUUAUAUUGAACUGGGUUUCGAGGAGCCGGUCUACCCCACAGCAGUGGAAGUGCUUGAGACUUAUUACCCUGGAACUAUUGUUCAGAUUCUGGCCUGCUCUCACAACCCCUUCUCCCAGAAUCCACCAACCGAUGUCAGGUGGGAGGUGCUGUGGUCAGGGGAGCCCACCAAGGUGCUGACACCCCAGGCCCGUCAGUUUUCCCCUACCAUCAAGCACAUCGGCUUCCCCACCAACCUGCUGCGUCUGGAGGUCAACAGCUCCCUGCUGGACUACUACACCGAGCUGGACGCUGUGAUCCUGCGCGGGGUAAAAGAGAGGCCGAUGCUGGCCCUCUACAAGAUGCCUAUCAUCGACAUAAACGACCUGAGUGACAGCGAGGAAGAGCUCUCUGAUGUGGGCGGUCCUUUCAGACAAGGAGGAGACGGCAAGAACCAGAGGACGGGCAACGGCUACUUUGACAAGCUGCCCUAUGAGCUCAUUCAGCUGAUACUGAGCCACCUGACCCUGCCGGACCUCUGCCGUCUGGCCCAGAGCUGUAAGCUGCUGCACCAGCACUGCUGCGACCCGCUCCAGUACACCCAGCUGAGUCUGCAGCCCUACUGGGGCCGGCUGAGUGACGCCUCCUUGGGACACCUGCAGGGCCGCUGCACCCUCCUCCAGAGGCUCAACCUGUCCUGGACCGGCAACCGCGGAGCUCUCACCCUGACCGGCUUCAGCAGCUUUAUGAAGGCCUGUGGUCUCAGCCUCGGCUGCCUGGAACUGUCCUGCUGCCACUUCCUGAAUGAGCCCUGUCUGGAGGUCAUCUCUCAGACUUGUCCCGCGCUGCAGGACCUCAACCUGUCGUCCUGCGACCGCCUCCAGCCGCAGGCCUUCGCCCACAUCUCGAAACUAACACGCCUCCGCAGGCUGGUGCUCUAUCGGACCAAGAUAGAGCAAACAGCCAUUCUGAGCAUCCUGACCUUCUGCAUAGAGCUGAAACACCUCAACCUGGGAAGCUGUGUGAGGAUCGAGGACUAUGACGUUGUGGCCAGUAUGCUGGCUGCCCGCUGCCGCUCACUCUGCUCCCUGGACCUGUGGCGCUGCCGAAACCUGACGGAUCGAGGCCUGGCCGAGCUGGUCUCUGGCUGCAGGAUGCUGGAGGAGUUGGACCUGGGCUGGUGUCCCACGCUGCAGAGCAGCACGGGAUGUUUCCAGCAGCUCGCCCGCUGCCUGCCGCGCUUACGCAAACUCUUCCUCACUGCCAACCGCACUGUCUGCGACUCGGACGUGGAGGAGCUGGCAGGGAGCUGCCCCUCACUGCAGCACCUCGACAUACUGGGUACCCGUUUGGUGAGCGCUGCCUCACUGAAGAAACUCCUCCAGUCCUGUCCACGACUUCUCCUCCUGGACGUCUCCUUCUGCUCGCAGAUAGACAUGCGGGUUGUCCAAGAGCUCUCCAGCCUCUUCCCCAAGGUGGCCAUCAAGAAGAGCUUCACUCAGUGACCUCAGUCCGGAUGAAGUAAGAGGAGGGAAGCUCGCCCGCAGACACUGCCACAAAAUGAAUGAGGCAGGACGGAUGUUGUCCGUCUGCCUCCGUAUCGCAGACAAGAUCUUCCAAUGGAGGUGAUUUGAUAUAACUGGUUGAACACAGUGAGGGACUUUCACUAACAGGAUUAUAGGGCGUGAGACGUUUUUGCUAAUGUUCUUUGGACACUUAAAAUCAGGGUUGUUGCAGUAAAACUGCUCCAUCUUCCCAGAAUCGGAAUCACCACUAACGUAUUGCCAAGCAACACUAUGCCCGGGUAAAUGCCACUGGAUGCAAAACGCCCCCCCCCCCACAACGAGAAGGGAGAAGGGGUGAAACACGCCCUCAUGGGGGACAGUCGGAGAAGGAGCAGGAGCUUUUGGUGGUCACUUAUUUAUGGUAGCUGGUAUUGUGCUAGCGCCUUUUUUUCCACAGUGUGCAGGAAUCAAGCUGGCUCUUUUAAUGCACCGGGUUCAUUGUGAAGGCAUCUGCUAAAAUGCGAUGAGAAGAGAUCUGCCUCGAGGGUGUUAAAGAUGAAAACAAUAGAGUCAACGCAGCAUUAUUUAACACAAUGUGCAAGUAUCGCAGUAUUUGUUGCUGCAAACCGACCGUAGACACAAAACAUGAAAACGAAUACACCAUCUCAAACUGUCCUUGCACCUGAGAUUCCCAGAUAACAAGUUUUUAUCAAAAAAGCAUAUGUGAGAACUUGUGAAAAGCAUUUGUUGAAAUUUCCACAUGUGCUAUAAAUAAUAUAGUAAAAACACCUACGGUGUAAAAUAAAAUCAGCACAAGUGAAAAGAGAAGUUAUAGUGUGAAAUCUGUUAUAAAGGUAUAAAAUAAACAUUGAGAAAAGAAGUUAAGUGACCGAUCUAAGUUAAGGGUACGCAUGAUUGUCAAUUACUUGAUAGAUUCAUUAUUUCAGGUCAAACUGUUAAUGUCAGACAGUUCUGAUGCAACAAAUAUAUUAAUACAUCUUCUGAAACCAUAAUAUGAGGACGUCUCCAACCACAAUAUAUGGGUUCUAUACAGCAUUUUUAUAUGUAUAUAUGUAUGUGUAUAUAUAUAUAUAUAUAUAUAAAUUAGGAAUGACUUUAAUGGAGAUGUGGCAUGGUGAUGGCCUUCUCUUUGAGCCAAUUAUAUAUACAGGACCGCUGUUAAACUCAACGUUAGACUUUUGUUGGAUUAAAUCUGUAGAGUCACCGGAUCUAAAGUACCUGAUCCGGGUCCCUUUCUGUUUACAUCUGCCCUCUGAAUCUAACACGGCGUUGAAGGUGCCUUUCACACAGGAAGCGGUUCGCGCUGCACGCUGAUGGGCUCCACAGAGUCGUGCUUUCGUGCUGAAAGGCCCUUUACGUUCCACUGGUUAUGACCGAGGCUUUUCAACAAAACUCUGGCCCAGUAAGGACAGACAAAUGUAUACAAUUUUUAAUUAUUUAUCUUUUUUUUUUUUUAAGUUGGGCAAUUAGGUGAUUGGAUUGAUUGUGUUUGCUUAGCUUAGGUCAUUCUUUUGCUUAGCUGUUGUUUUGGUUGUGUGAUUAUAAAGGAUGAGCGCUUUGUCUCCAGAGAUGAAUGAUACAGUUUGAAAGCCACCGGUUCCACGACGCUCUCCUGAUGUUGCAUGCUUCUCCUGUUGUCCUUCACGCUGAGCGGUCUGUCCCCGCUGUUUGACUACAGCCACCUCUUGGUGUAUUUACCUACCUAAGCUUUGCCGAUGAGAUGGAGCAAUGUGGAAUCAGUGGGGGACGGUAUGUGCAAACACUCUUAUGUGACCUCAGUAUUUGUCCUGAAACUCAGGGGUUUUAAUAUUUCAUCUGGUUUUAGGUUUUUUGUUUUGUUUUUUUUUACGUGCAUUUUGCUGCUCCUAAAACCAGCACGAGUCUUUACAGUGUUGCUCUUCGAGACAAACGCACACCGCACAGACGUGACUGUGACUAAAGUUCUAGCUUAUUGGCUGUGGAAUGUUUCUGUAAUUGUACGAUUGUUAAAAAUAUAUUGAUGUCCGCGAUUAUUUCAUAAUUUAAUCAUAUUUUAUUAAUGUAAUUUAUUUUCAAUUGCUUUGAAUACAUUUCUUUUUUGUCUUUCUUUUUUCUUUAAAGCACAUGCUCCUUGUCAAUAUUUGUGCCUUACGCUCCUGUUUGAGUGUGGUGUGAUGUCCGUGUGGUGUAGGUUGUAGUGAAGAGCUUUGAUUUUAUGGCCUUCAACCAAAGCAGAACGCAGACACCUGGUCUUUAAUCCCACGGCUAUAUUUGACCAGUUUAAAUGCCAUUUAUUGUAAAUCAGCAGUUAAUAUGCCAAAUCAUAUUCAUUUAUACUUCCCUGUGUGAUAAAAAUGUUAUUUAAACGUUAUUACGUUACCCCUAUACGCAUAAACAGUACUAAACAUUUUGGGAAACUUUUUUUUUUUCACAAAGACUGGAAGAGAAUCUCCAGCUCUGCACAAAUAAUGGAAACAGAGGGAGGCUAUUUGCUUAAAUGGAGAGAAAACGCAUUUCCCACAAGACCACAGUUGUCUUCUAUGUGGUUUGUUGAGCGGAACACAUGCAAAAAGCAUUUGACUAUAGAAUGAAUAAAUUACCUACACUAGGUCAAGUAAAUGAGGUUUAAAGCGGUUUGAAUAUUUGUUUUGACUAGUGGCUGCAGUGACUUUCUUUGGUGGAGGACAGUAGAGUGCUGAAUGACUUGGCCUUCUAUGACAACAGUUAAACUACAUAAAGUGAGUUUUCCAAAUGCGUAUUUGGAUCAAAGUUAAUAUCUUUAGAUUUUUAAAAACCCAGCUCCUCUCUAAACGCCAGCCGACCUCCUGCUUCCAGUCUUUGUGCCGACAGGCUAAACGUUUCCCAGACCGAUCAAACCGACGGUCACCGUCUUACCAACGAAGCCGUUUGGUCGAACACCUGCCAAUGUUGGUCUGGCUUUAGCCUCCUACCUUGAGCAAGUGGGACGCUCUGCUUCUCUGUCGUGAAUAUGCAUCAACCUGUGUGCCAUCCGUAGGACAUGCAGAUGAGCUCCCUGUGCUGCAGAAUGAAAGUCACUGUUCUGUGAAAGGAUUGUGCCUCUGUCACGAUGAAACUGGGUGCUUCAAUUUCACUAGAUUUUAAAUAAACUGAAUGCGGAUGACUC